AUCAUCUCCCUUUUGCUCUUUCAGCUAGCAUAGCGGAACCGUCAUCCUUCGCGAAAACUAAAACGAACCAACAGAUCCAUCUCUGCGUGGCAGUGCUUAAAUAUUUGCCAAAUGGACUCAGCAUCUCCGACCCGACACUCCACAGCCGCUUGGGGGUCGACUUUAGCCUCAGGCCCCACAUAUUUCGACAUCUCCGACCCGACGUGCAUACUAUAUCUCGAAGAACCUUGCAUCACAAUAAGGUACCUUAAGCAACAUUGGGCUUCGAUCCGCCGUCAACAUGCCUUCCUCUUCUCUCAGUCUCAAGUUAAUCUCCUCGCUUCUCCUCCUGUCACCCUCGGCGCUCUCGUUCACACCAUGCCCACUCCUCGGACCCGCCUUUCCUCCGUUUCAAUUGGAUCCGAGCUCUAAAGAGCUGAGCAAGGCCUUCAAAGAGCUUAAGCAUGAAUUGGAUGAUCAAAUCAUCUCGGGCAAUGGCUCGCAUGGUGUCACCUACCCCAAAACAACGACCUUCAGCUUGUCUCUGUUCUCCACGAACGAGGGACCCGCCUCCGACGGUCCGUUUAUGUUCGACUACCACUACACCGCUCCUGCGCAGAAGCAGUCCAAGGAUUUCCGCGCCGCCGAUGCCAACAGUGUUUACCGCAUCGGAGGGCUGAGUCAAAUCUUUACCAUAUGGACCCUUCUAGCCUCGGCCGACGACGGUGUCUUGGCUGAUCCUGUGGCCAAAUAUCUUCCGGAGCUUGGAACUGCGAAAAAGGAUGCAGAUGGCCUUGUUGAAUGGGACUUGGUUACUGUUGGACAGCUGGCAAGCCAUAUGGCAGGAAUCGCCAGAGAUUCCUGCGUGAGCGACUCGAAUGCUGAGGUCCAUUCUGUCCAUGGUUUACAGAAGUCUCCUGAUUCGUUUCCUCUUUGCACGUCGCUUUCCGAAGAAGAUGCACUUGCUCGACUGGCCCAACAGAAGCCGGCGGCUUUCCCCGAUUCAACCCCCCUGUACUCCAACAUGGGAUUUGAGGUGCUUGGUUAUGUCAUUCAGAACAUCACUGGACAGUCCUUUGAAGAGGCUCUCCAGGAGACGAUUCUUAGUCCUCUGGGUCUGAACGAGACCAGUCUCAACCGGCCUUCGAAUUCCUCGAUGGGCAUCAUCCCGGCAAAUGAGACGGCAAGUGGAUGGAAGAACGAGUACGGAGGAGCGGCACCGGCAAUCUCGAUGUUCUCCAGCAUUACGGAUCUUUCUCUCGCCGGAAAAGCGAUCCUGAACUCGACCCUGCUGUCUCACAUCGAAACCAAGCGCUGGCUUAACCCAGUAACCCACACCUCCAACCCGGCCAACUCGAUCGGAUAUCCCUGGAUUAUCUACAGCGGCGGAGAAUACCCGAAUACUUCCAUGGUCGACACCUACACUUACUACAGUGAUAUCGGUCUAUAUAGCUCCUACCUGGGUCUUGUCCCCGACUACAACGUCGGGUUUGCCAUCCUUGCGGCCGACAGCAUUGCUAGCCCGGACUUGAACGCGCACGCCGACAUCAUCGGCGACAUCAUCCUGGGAGCCUUGAUCUCGACGGCGACGAAUCAGGCUGGGGAGAAUUUCGGCGGCGGCUACCGUGCUUCCGACAACAGCUCGUUGAUCGCUGUCUCAGCCGACAAACUCCCCGGACUGUUCAUCGAGGACUUUGUUAGCAACGGUGCCAACUUCCGAAAAACCCUUGCUUCAUUGACUGGAGUUCAAGACUCUGACGACUUGAGCAUUCGUCUCUACCCGACCGGGUUGAUCUCCCAGACCAAGUCUGGCUCCAAGCAAACCUUCCGUGCCGUUCUCCAGGACAAGACGGAGUUGGCAGACAACGGCACUCCCACCUGUGUGUCCUUCCUGGACGUGGGCAAGCUGAAGUACAACGAUGCUUCUCUGGACGAAUUUAUUUUCGACGUCAACAAGGAUGGCGCAGCAGUCGGUGUCGAGAUUCCGGCACUGGGCGUGACUCUGAAGAGGAGCCAGGACUAGAGAACGGAUCACGACUAACCCGAGAAUGCAUGGUUGGGUACCCGUUCGAUGAUUAGAUGUAUAAUAGUGUCUCAGUACGCGACGAUAAACGGUUAGAGGUUUGGCUUUUCGGUUUUGGUUUAUGGUUUUGAUGGUUUGAAUAGUUUAGACAUAUUGGCAAUUGACACGGUUUACAAAUUGC